CUGGGAGGGGCAUAUAUGGACAGAUCGGGAAGACUGGUGGAGCAUUGGGAGCACCAAUAUGGAGACGGAGACCUGGAAAUCACAAACGCCUACCACUUCUAUAGAACAGCAGACUUCAAACACCAAAGCAGGGAAGAAGAGGAUGCCCUCUGAGUAUAGGCCUGGAGGCAGUGUGAAGAAGGCCAACAGAAUCAUGCAAGUGAAAAGAUGCCGUCAAGGGAAUGUGAGCAGAAGACGCUUUCUGAAAACUCUCAUUCCUUCAGUUAAAUCCAAGAAAGCUAGAGAGCCAGCACUAACCAACUGCCAUCCCAGGAUGAAUGAGACACGGACUGAAAACCAAACUGAACCAAAGGAAAAUAAGAGACUGUGAAGAAACCCACAAUUUCCAAUGAUGACCAGGGCAAGCAGAAUUUGGGAGUGGUGGCGGAGACCACAGAAAUCCCUGCAGAAUCUUUAAAGUCUAGCUCGUGAGAAAUGGCUAGUUACUUAGAGACCAAACUAAGCAUCAAUAUAGUACACUCAUGGUUAUGAGAUAAAUAAAAACCUGUUGUUGAAAA